UGUUGAAUUAUCCUUUUUUUAUCACAAACUAUUCAAAAAGCUUAAAAAUGGGCUUUUGUUGUUAAGAUUUUUCUUGUAGCUGUGAAGCUAGCAGCGAGGCUAGCAGUGUGUGUGAUACAGAUUCUUUGUGUAUCACACACAAUUGCUCUGCUAUUGGACUAUAUUAGUGCCUCUCUUUGACAUCUUUUCCACGGCUGUGACAUAUAAUGGAAAUCAGUUUCAAGCGUGUUUAAUUCCUUUGAAAGAAGUUCAGGAACAAAGCAAUACGACAACGAGAAUCCAAUGUAAUAUAAUAAAAUUUUCAAAAUAAAUUAAAUUUAACGAAUACUAAGUAUUAUCAUUCAUUGCAGAAUCGGAGAAUCCGGCGGACAGCCUACCCUGCGGUUCUUCCUUCUUAACACAUUUAAUUCUUUUGCCUAAGGUUUUCAGCCAGCUAGCACUUAGCAUACAAAACUAUCAUUAGUGCGUUAAAUAAAACGCAAGCUCUAACAGAACUGUCAACUGUAGAUUUCUAUUGUUGCUGCUAGUUCAAAUAUAUAGUAUAGCAUUUGCCAAUUGAAUUGACCUUUCCUCUUCUAACCCAAAGCAAAUAGGGUGCAAAACUGCUAAAUUUUGUCAGUCUGUAUGUUUUGAACAAAUAAAAGUCUGUCGUUUUGUUUGGUCAGAACAGCAGCUGAAGAACGAAGACACAUUAUAGAUUCUUAGGUAGAAAUAAAUGUUUGUCAAAUGGCUCGUCUAUGAAAGAGCGAUUUUUGUGUUCACAAUUGCUCAAGAGCCUUCUUCAAGUCAAUCGAUUUCUCAAGGGCACGUCAGGAACACUGACAGCACAAAAUAUCAGUAAAAGACAUCUUUGAUCGUGGUUGCCAGCACUUGCUCUUGCUGCAUGCAAAUGAAAUGGUUGAUUUGCAUUACCUCGAAAAACGUCUGCUAAGCAGCUAGUGGCCGCGGUUUCAAAAAUGAUUCUUAUGUGCUCCGUUCUGCUGGCAGAUGUCGACUUUGUUCCCUGCUGAGACACCUAAAAAGGUCAUCCAGCCUCGCAUAAAAUACUCGAAACGUUAGCUGUCGAUUGUAUUCGGUGUCAGUGCAACCUGUGCGUUUGACUGUAUCAGGAAACGGGGCGCAGAUUAGAGAAGAGGUCAAAACAGAAGGUUGCUUCUUUCAAGACGAUUAAACUCUACUACCAAAGAACGUUGCUGCUAGGUUGAUACAAAACUAUGUUAAAAACAAUAACUGUAUUCUGGUGAAUAUACUUGAUUUCAACUACUACCUGGCACAUUCAGAUUUUUCACACAUAAGGCUUUAUGAUGACCGAUAUUUGCAGUGGCUGCUCACUGCCAAUACUGGACCAAUACCUUUCAAAGGUACUUGACAGAACUUGGCACGUAAACUGCGUGAAGUGUUUCGAAUGUCAGAAAACAAUGGCUGAUAAAUGCUUUUCCAAGAACGAGCAAAUUUAUUGCAAGGAUGAUUUUGACCGGUUAUAUGGCACCCGUUGCUUUGGUUGCAACACUUUGAUAACUGCUACUGACCUAGUUCGGCGUAUCAAUGAUCAAGUCUUCCACAACACGUGUUUAACUUGUUCAAGAUGCCAGCGUCAGAUCAACACGGGAGAGCAGCUUUUCAGAACGGAGGAAAAUCAAUUUGUUUGCAAAGAUGACUACGAUGAAACCAAGAAAAGUUCCUUUUCAGAAUCGUCACCAGUUUCUGAUGAAAGUGAAGACAAAACAACAACUUCGAAUGGAAGCGAUGAUGAAGAUGGCGCUAACUGCAAGCGUCGAGGGCCUCGGACCACGAUUAAGGCGAAGCAGUUGGAGACACUGAAGCAAGCCUUUGCAGCAACACCUAAGCCGUCAAGACACAUGCGCGAGAAGCUUGCACAAGAAACAGGCCUAAAUAUGCGCGUUAUCCAAGUCUGGUUCCAGAAUCGACGUUCAAAAGAAAGACGGAUGAAACAGUUGUCUGUUUUGGGAGGCCGACGGACAACUGGCCGUGGAAAUAAACAUGAAGCCAGGCAGGAACGAGAUAGGCUAGAUGUUUCGUCACCUGAAAGUAUUCCAACAUCGUAUCAGUUGUUCCACCAAGUCACUCCAAAUCAUAUGGUUCAUUCGCCCAUUGAAGACUUCAAUGGAAACAGACUAACAUUUCAACUUGGCAUGAUGAAUCGUAGCUACUUGGACCAGUCAAUGAUCAAAGGUGAUUUCCCUGCAAUGGACAUGAGCCACAGUGGCUCUUUUUCCUUUGUCGAGUCUUUGUCGCAUGAAGCCAAUGGCGCUCUUUCACAGUAUAAUGCUGGCCAAACUCUUCUUACCACAGCGCAAAUGGCUCCAGGUGCUGAUGUCUGGUAGCUGUACAAAUUUAUGGACCUAUCCCAUCAUGAACAUGGGUUAAAUUAUGUAAAUAUAUGUCAUGAAUGAAAUCGCUGCUGUAGCUGUAAUGGUAUGCCAAUAAUACUAUUUCCAGGUCUAUCCCUUGUAAAAUGAAACGUCAGCCUCUUUCAACUUUGGGAUUUCAAUUUCGGAACCAAAUAUUUUCUAAUCCUGUGCUUAUUGGUUACGUCGAAUGGUGAAAUACAUUUUUGAGAGAGUACAGUCAACUUCCAGUAAUUCGAGCUUUUAAGAGAUUUGAUUUAUGUUGGAGUUAUCUUAAGUUUAGAGCAUCCAAAUUUGGUAGAAAAAGAGAUGAUUUGGAAAAGUAUAUAAUAAUAUUUUAUUUGAAUAAGGAAAAAUUCGAACCAACAUUUGACUAAAUUUUCAACAAUGCUUUAGUUUUUCGAUUUUCUGAAAGCAAUUGCGUACUCAGGAUGAUAAGUCUUGAAGUUGGACUUAGAAUGACAUACGCUAGGGGAUGCUACUACCCUGAAUUCUCCACUAAAGCCCAACCUUCAGUUAAGCCCCCUUUCGAAUCCUUUUGAAUUAGCCCCUAUACAAAGAUAAUUGAAUCUAUGGAAAUAUAAUUUAAGAUAUUCCUUUUUUCGAACAAUAUGCAUUCAUCCAGAAAUCCAUUUUUUCAAGUAAGCCCCUGGUGGCCUAUUUAAGGAUUUACGGUAUAUGCUCGAUACGAUUUUUUCUGCCUAUCAUAUAUUUAGUAACAAUAAGGAAAUUUACAACAGCAAAUCAAAUCUGUUAGCUCGACUUUAUUGGCUAGCUGUAUUAGACAGGCGUCUUAUGUCUUCUACUCUCAUCUUCCUCUUAACAUGUCCCAGGCAGGAAUUGAGGGUCCCGAUAGAAAUGUAUUGGCGGUAAUCAAGAUAGAUUUAAAAUGUUAUCGAAUAACAAAAAUCUUGAUAACUGAAAUUAAGCUAAUAGCCAAAUUUUAACAAUAUUUUGUUAUUUUACUCGAAAUUUAAGCUGCAUGCUGCUGCUUAUGCUUAAUUUAUUUUGUUAGAAAACAUGAAGGUGCUUGUUCUUUUAUCUGAAAUUUAUAUCUUUAAGGAUUAUAUAAUACUUUAAGGACAACACCUCCUUGUAGCUGUUUGUAAAUAAAGGGAUUGCCGAAAAUGCAUUACAUUAUAUACUUAUAUUGCUUUAAUUUGAAGACUGUAGAAAUAGAAAUUCUUAAAGUUA